AUGGCCUGUGAAAAGUUGGUAUCUUUAAUAAGCUGCCUGCCACGCAGCCCAUCGAAGCCGGAACGCUGUAUGGACCCGUAUCUUGGUGCAACGAAGUGGAUCGAUCCAGAGAUCCAUGGGCCCGACACGAUAAAUAUGGUGGCAGCUCUGGAAACGGCUACCCCGCAGUGGACGUUAAACGUUAUAUAUAAAUAAAUAAAUAAACUGCCUGCCAAGUUCAAUUUGAACUUCUUGAUGUUCCAAAAUAUCAGAAAUUUUAGUCACAGAUCUAAGAGUUGUGUGCCUUGAUCUUAUUGAUUUCAUUUCUCCUGUCGAAUUAUGCCUUGGGCGGUCCACUGAAGUACUCCUAAAUUUAAGAGCAGAAGGUGAUGAUUCUUCAUAUACAGCAAAUGAGCGAUUAAUUUUAGGACUUGAUCUUCUUCGGGAUUUAGGAGAUAUAUUCGCACGAUAA